AUAUAUUCUCCUCUCAUUACUACUUUCAUGUAUCAACAGGAUUUAGCAUGCAAAGAUGGCUCCAACACCAACAUCAACCCAUUUUUCGACAUCAACAAUGGGAACACACAAUCCGCUUCAACAUAUUAGCCCAUGGAAUGACACAUUUGAAGGUCAUAGUACUAGCCCGAAUAUGACACAUAAUUCCUUAAACUCUCAAUUCGACACAAAUAUGAUCAACAACAUCGCGUACAAUAACUCUCAAGAAUCAUUAUUAGAGUCUUCACGAGAGUCCGAGAAAAGUAUCUCUGAUAAGUUACAAAGACGAUUAGCACAAAAUCGUGAAGCUGCAAGAAAAAGCCGUCUGAAGAAAAAGGCCUAUGUUCAAGAAUUGGAAUCAGGACGUCUAAAGUUGGCAAAGCUAGAGCAUGAAAUCGAGAGGACCCGAGAACAGGCAGUAUACAUGGAUUUAUCGAAUACAAUUCGUGGUCUGUUACCUGGAAAUAUCAACUUAGGAAUUAUUGCAUUUGAGAAGAAAUAUGAUUUCUGGGUUGUGGAGCAACAAAAAAAGGAAUCUGAACUUAAGACUAUCUUACAAACUGAGAUAAGUGAUGAUGAGCUUCGUGUAUUUGUGGACCGUGUACUUAAUCACUACCAAGAACUUUUUCGGAUGAAAGGAGAUGCUGCAAAAGCCGACGCCUUUAAUUUGUUAUAUGGGACUUGGAGAUCACCUGUUGAGAGGUUGUUCCAAUGGCUAGGCGGAUUCCGCCCAUCACAGGUUCUAUAUAUACUAAUGCCAUGGUUUGAGCCUCUAACGGAUACACAAGUGGUGAGUUUAUCAAGGCUAAGACACACUUGUCGACAAGCAGAAGAUGCAUUGACUCAAGGUAUUGAUAAACUUGAACAAACUUCUGCUCAAAACGUUGCUAUUAACAUCACUGAAGUUGGAAUUUAUACCACACAUAUGAACUCACUGUUAGAGGGGCUUGAAGGACUUGAAAAUUUCUUGAACCAGGCAGAUCAUCUUCGACAUAGGACACUGCAACAAAUGUCUCGAAUCUUGACAACACGUCAAGCUGCAAGAGGGUUGCUUGCAUUAGGAGAGUACUUCCAACGACUUCGUGUACUAAAUUCACUUUGGUCAGCUCGUGCUCGUGCUCUUAAUGUCUAGUUUAAAGCAGCCAUCCAUCAAAUAUGUAAACAUUGUUGUAGUGUUAUAUGGUUAAGGUUUUUGAUAGCUCACAAUAUCAUUGUCUAUGUUGAGUUUA